CCAAUUAACAAGAUGAGUUUCUUGAGAUUUCAAACCAGAGCCCAUCGUUUCGUCUCAUAUUAGAGUCUUGCGACUCCAAUGGCGUACCGUUACGAAGCCGAGGUUACGAUCACAUCGGCCAAAGAUCUGAAGAACGUCAACUGGCGCAAUGGCCGGAUCAAGCCCUACGCCGUCGUCUGGGUCGACCCGAAAUCCAAAUCCUCCACCAGAGUCGACGACGAGGGUGACACGUGUCCCUUCUGGGAUCAGACACUUGUCAUCCCUCUCAACGCUCCGAUCGAGGACUCCACCCUCUACAUCGACAUCGUCCACGCCAACGCCGAUGAAAACACCAAGCCGCUCAUCGGCUCGGCUCGGCUCCCCCUUCGUGACGUCGUCGACGACGUCGGGCUCGGCGAACGAGCCAGCCGGAAACUCGAGCUGAAACGCCCAUCGGGUAGACCCCACGGCAAGGUCGAAGUCAAGGUCGCCGUGCGCGAGCCGCGCUAUCGUGCGCCGGAUCCUUACUAUGCUCCACCUUACGGCGUGGCUCCGACUUCGAGGGACUACUCGGCUCCUCCGGCGCCUUACGGAAACCCCUACGCCGCGCCAUACGGUGCAGCGCCGCCGCCGUCUGGGUACCCGUACGGUGGUGGGGCAUCUUACGGUCAGCCUCAGGGGGGUUACGGUCAGCCGGUUUAUGGGCCGGGGAGUUACGGGCAGCCUGCCCAGAGCGGUUACGGGCAGCCUGCUCAAA